AUGUAUCUCAACCUCACAAUGUCCUUGAUUCUGGACCUACCGGGCGAGUUGCUCUUGUUGAUAUUUGAGAAUCUUAAUGACUUAGAUGAUGUUUUGCAUUUGGGACGGGCUUCACAUCAUCAGUAUGACAUUCAACUGUGCUAUCUCAUCGAGGUGAAUCAGCGGUAUACAUCAAACUAUUUGACCUUUCAGGAGGAACCACCUACAUCCUGCCGACCAACAGGCCAAUCUCUUUCAAAAUCAUUUCAAGUUUUGACCUCCGACCUACAAGAUGAGUUCGUGUGGUCGAUUUCUACCAGGUGGCAAGGACUGCAGCUUCUUCGAGAUCUCUACAGACACCCAGCAAUCCAGUCUGCAUACUUCUGCUCCAGCCUUCAUUACCGUGACGAUUUCCUCUCUAAUCAGAAUACAGAAAUGUUGCAGUGGGAAGGAUCUCUACCCCAUCUUGAGGCCAAUUCACCUGGGGUGUCCCUGGUCCCGUUUGACGCGAGGCAGACACAACGAUUCCACCAGUCAUUGUCAGCUCAGUGGCUCGCGAUUGAGGCAUUAUGCCUGUGGCGCGUGUCAGUGUUCCAAACAUCACAAGAAAAACUCCAGGUGUUCGAAAAGAUUCUCAAGAUCUGGACAGAUAACCCACAUCGAGAGGUCUCCGAAACAAUGGAUAUCCUGGAAAUAUUUGAUUUUGUCUGGGGAUUUUUACUCAGAAGGAUUUUCGGGGAUGUUACAGAUCUCUCAUCCUGGUUGCCCCCUUUAGACCUCAACUUGAGUAUUCACUUCAUUCUACAUGAUUUAGAAGAGAGCUGGAAAUGGGAUGCAUUUAUAAGAUUUCUUCUCCCUCAUAUGCGGCCUUCCAAUAUCAUUGAGCUUCUUGUGCUUCGGACCUGGAACCCAUCGCUUUCCUGGCCACCAGAUAAGCCAAAUUUCCUUCGACAACUUGGUUUCUUCGACACAUGGGAUGGAAUUUGUUUGGUAAAUGAUGUGCACUUUCCUUAUGACACAUACAUUGCUCCUUCUCUUGUCGAAAAUGAUGUACUUAGGAGACUCAAACAGUAUGGAUCGAGUUCCGAUAUUAUUGAAGUAUGGAAGGUUUACCGAGAUGAAGCAUGGAUAAAGGAUGCCAGAGGUAAAGUUCUGUCUUGGGAUGAAGAUCAAGGCUGGAUUAUCAAGCAAAUCAUGACUGCACUGGAGGAAAUCAGAAGUGGGUGA